UCUAAACUAUGUUCUCGUUCAUGGUUGGCCGAAACAUGACAGUUCGUGACCUAGUUCAUACAGAGGAAGGAGAAAAAGAGGAAAGUUGCGGUGAAUUGUGCAGUUUAUCAUGCCCUUCGACUUCGAUGGCAUCACCAACCUGAACAUACGAUCACGACGACACGAUUUCAAUUUUUGAGUCAGGCACGGACAUUCGGAAAAUUCGCACAAUGUCUCAUAACAUCGCCUGCCUCUGUAUCUGUCAGACCUCUCAAUGAAAUAGGCAUACACGCACACAUCUACACAUAUGUGAGAAUUUCCGAAAAUACGAUACUUUAUUCUGAAGAAAGAAGUGUAAAUAACAAUUUCCAUUUAACAUAAGACUUUCCUUACUGAUAAGGUUUAAAUAGAUAUGGAAUCCUUCCUGCAACUUUUUGAUCCACAAAACGAUAAGGAUUUAAGAAAGAGACAAUGGGAUGAUUCCGAGAAUGAAGGAAACGGAUUGUCGGACUGUGACACUUCUAGCGCUGAUGAGGAUCAAGAAGAUCGAUUGCCACCAGAGCCAGAACAAGGAAACAUAGAGUACAAAUUAAAAUUGAUAAAUCCAUCUAGUCAACGUUUUGAACAUCUCGUUACCCAGAUGAAAUGGAGGUUAAAAGAAGGACAUGGAGAAGCGAUUUAUCAAAUUGGAGUGGAGGACAAUGGAAGACUGGCAGGUUUAACAAAAGAUGAAAUGAAAGCGUCCUUGAAGACUCUCAAGGAUAUGGCUUCCAGACUGGGUGCUACUAUAAGAGUAUUACGCGAGCGAAUAGCCACAAGUUCUGCAAAUAAGACCCUGGCGUCGCAAAAUAAUAAUAAUAGUAAUAAUAAUAAUAAUGAGGAAAAAAAAGUCGCUGAAGUGCUGGUAAAAAAAUUACGGAAGGAUGACAGAGAGGACCAGGAUAGUAUCAUAGACCUGAGAUUGGCAGUCACUGGUGCACAGGAUGCUGGAAAGUCGACUCUCUUAGGGGUACUGACGCAAGGUGAACUGGACAAUGGAAGAGGUAGAGCGAGGCUUAACAUGUUGCGUCACUUGCAUGAGAUAAAGACUGGUCGUACAUCCUCGAUAUCGCAUGAGAUUAUCGGAUUCGAUAACACGGGUCACGUUUUGAACUAUGCCGAAAUGGCGACGGCUGAAGAGAUAUGCGAGCACGCGUCAAAAGUUGUUACAUUUAUCGAUUUGGCAGGACAUCGAAAGUACUUGAGGACGACGGUACUUGGGCUGACAGGAUAUUCGCCACAUCACGUUAUGCUAGUGGUGGCCCCACCUUUGAACGAAGCGUCCCAGGAACACAUGGCUCUUUGUUUAGCAUUAAAACUUCCGUUCUUCAUUGUUGUGAAUAAAAUCGAUUUGGGAUUUUGCGACAUGUCUGAAACCCUAACUCAACUUGAGAACGCUAUGAUGACGCAGGGCUAUCCCAAGCAAUUAGUACUGUUUAGCAAUAAUGACUUACCAUCAUGGGACUACACGUCUGAUGUGAUACCAGUAUUUAAUGUCAGUUGUGUUACCGGUGAGGGUUUGGAAGAAUUGACUAUGUUUAUAAAAAAUUUAUCACCUUACGAGACGAAUUCGAUCGACUCGGAUCCAGAAUCGUGUCUAUUUCAAAUUGACGAGACGUUUAGGGUAGUAGGUUUAACACAACCAGUUUUAGGAGGGUUACUUGUUAAGGGAGCAAUCGCACCGGGAACUCGUUUAUUGGUAGGACCCUUGCCGGACGGAGAAUUUAGCCCAGUGAAAGUAGUUAGUCUACAUCGUAAUAAAGCUCCAUGCUGUUUAGUUAGAGCGUCACAGAGCGCCAGUUUGACUCUAGCACCACCGACGAAUCGUAGCCCUCCGUUGCCACAUCUUCGCCCAGGGAUGGUUUUAGUCUCUCUACGUGAUCGACCGCACGCAACACUCUUCUUUCAGGCGACUGUUUUAAUAGUAUAUCACGCUACCGCAAUAUUUCCUGGGUUUCAAACGACAGUACACGUGGGUAAUGUUAGGCAAACUUGCGUCAUUGAGGGAAUAAUGGAUGCGAAUGACAGGGGGCUGCAGACGAACGAUACUGCUUCUGUGUUAUUUAGAUUCGUCAGUCAUCCGGAAUAUCUUCACGUUGGGAUGCGACUGUUGUUCAGGGAGGGACGUACUAAGGGGAUUGGCAAAAUCACGCAAAUCUUUCCCGUGAUUGGGUCGCAGAACUCGAUCAAAUAAAGUAGCGAUGUAAAUUGAGUCCGUUUUCAUGGUAUUUAUGUAUAUGUAAUUUAAAGAAGG